CAUGAAUAGGACUACAGAUGGGCAAAGCACCGGGUUUAAACCCGGUGCUUUGGUAAAAACCCAAUAAACACCCAUAAACUCCCAUAAUCACCCAAAAAAAUAGGUUUUUACGUAUUUUUUUGAAAAUAUGUAAGUAAUACCAAUAAAUUAUUUUUAUAAAUUGCCAGGUAACCAAAAAGUCGUAUGUUUUUGUGCGAAUUACGAUCAUAAUCUUUACGAUCGUACAUUAAAAAAUAGACAAAUAAUAGUAUGAGUACGAUUUAAAUCGUAUAUCUGUCAACCCUGCUAGCAAGACAGCGACAAAAUCACGUUGCAUAACAAUGUAGCCCAAGCUUAUAUCUUAUGAAAUAUACGGAAGAGAUACGGACUUAGAAAAAACAGAAAUGUUGUUCUUUGUGGAAGUCAUUGAUGAAAUUCUAUGUAUUUUAGCCCGCAAACUUUCUUCAAACAAAAACAGCGCCAUCUAGUAUCGAGUUCUGUAAUUAUCUCUUUGUUUAUGGAUUUGAAGUAAGACCGCCACGCAUGCAAUACAUUAUGACUGGGGAUUCCCCUAUUCGUCGACGCUGAAUAUGAGGCGACGACAAUCACUGUCAAACGUGUUCACUAUUACUCUGACUCUGGUAACGUGACUUCCUGGUAACGUGUUAGGUAGGAAAAGCAGUAAAAAAGUGCAUAUUAAGGGAGCAGAUUUGAAAUAAUAUUUAUACUUAACAAGAAAUAAUUAAAGGUUCAAUGGGGAGACCUAAAGAUUUACGCAUAUGGGAGCACUACCGUACUUUACCAAACAAGUCUGUUUCUUGCAAGCUUUGUAAUAAGGUCUACAAAUUCAGUAAUGCUGCCAAAAUGCUUCAACAUCUUAUCACUUGUCCAAAAUCUCCAGAAACAUUAAAAGACUCUAUGAAACUUAUAAAAGAUAGCUCGUCCAAAACCAAAAUGUCUGGACUGUCAGAGAUAGAGACAAAUGAUUCUUUUAUAAGCCCCUCGUCGUCUGCUAACACUACAAUAAAUGCUGAGUUUCAAGACACCGAUGAUCAUAUAAAAACAGAAUUAGCGAGAGCUAUAUUUGUAACAGGGACGCCAUUAUCGAUGGUGCAACAUCCUUUAUGGAUACAAUUUUUCGAAAAAUUGCAACCAAAAUUUAAAAUACCUUCACGUAAAGCUUUAGCGACAAAAUACUUAGAUAAAAUAUAUAGAGAAAUGCGUUUUGAGUUAAAUGAGGAACUAAAUGCUUGUAGUUACUUACACCUUCAGUGCGAUGGCUGGUCUAAUUUAAGAAAUGAAGGAAUAAUAAACUUUCUUAUAUCAAAACCUCAACCUGCAUACGUUAAAAGUUUGAAUACAGAAAGUAAUCCUCACACUAGUGAAUACCUUAGCCAAGAAGUUGAAAAAGUAAUGAAAGUGUAUGGAGCAAAUAAGUUUCUUGUACUUAUUGGCGAUAACGCUAGAAAUAUACAAAAGGCAUUCGAAUUAACAAAACUCAAAUAUCCACAUGUUGUUCCUCUCGGUUGCUGUGCACAUAUCCUUAACUUGUUGUGCCAAGAUAUUGUAAAGAUACAAGAAGUAACUGUGUUUAUUAUGCAAGCCAUAAAUAUAAUAAAAACUGUUAAAAGGAGUCAACGAUUAAGUUCCUUGUUGAUAAAAUCAAGGCAGGGUGAAGAUUCUACACAAACACUAAAAUUGCCUUGUGCUACAAGAUGGGGAAGUCAUGUUACUUCGUUAAAAAGUUUGAAAGCAAAUAAGAUAGCUUUGCAAAUAUUAACAGUUAGAGAAGAUGUGGUAAUUUCAAGAGAUAUUAAAGAUUUAAUUCUAAGUGAUGAUUUCUGGACGAAGACAGGGGAAUGUAUAAGUAUUUUGGAACCAGUCACUGAAAGCAUAUUUUACUUAGAGAGCGACCAGAAUCGUUUGCAUCGCACAUACAUUACAUUUAGAGAUGUACAAGCUAAGAUACGUUUUGCAUUAAAUGAGAUUUCGACAUUGAGCGAAGAAAGCAAACAGCAGAUUCUAACAUCAGUAUCUUCAAGAUGCAAUAUGGCAAUGAGGCCAAUACAUUUUGCAGCAUAUAUUCUAGACCCCAGGACUCUAGGAGUCGAACUUACUCAAGAGGAAGAACUUAAGGGUAUGGAGUUUAUCUACAAUUUAAGCCAACACUUAAGUUUGUCAAAUGUAAUGGCAGAUUUGGCGUGUUAUAAAGCUAAAGAAAACUUUUGGGCCAGAGGAUUUGUAUGGAGCUCAUUAGAUAGCAUUGAGCCCCUAAUAUGGUGGAAAGGUAUUUGUGGUUCCACUGAGUUAAGCAAAGUAGCGAUUCGUAUUCUAUCAGCUCCCUGUACUUCGGCAGCCACUGAGCGUUCCUUUAGUAUCCAAGGCUACAUACAUAAUAACAAAAGAAAUCGACUUACAACUGAAAGAACUGAAAAAAUUUCAUUCAUUUGUUAUAACUGGAAUCUUAAACAUAAAGCUGAAUGCGAGGACAUUCAGUUUAAUGAAGAAAAUACCUUAGAAGCUUUCAUUGAGCAAGUAAAUGAACAUAACAGUUUAGACGAAAUAGAGCCUAUCGAACCUAUACAAUUCAUCGCUUGUAAUAACUCUGAAUCUGACAGUGAUUGACUGUAGUUUUACAUUUUACUUUCAUCUCUUUCUUAAUAAACUCAAAAUCAAAUUAAAAGUUUUUUAUUCUGUAGGCUGCAUAAUAAUAUUGUCUAUGUCCAGUAUAGUGGACGUCUUGCGGCUGAGAUGACGAUGAUGAAGUACAAAAUCAUAAACACCCAAAAAUUUGGGUGUUUAUGGGGUUUAAACCCAAUAAACCCAAAACACCCGGUUUUUACCCACCAGACUUUAAACCCACCCAGGUGGAUUGCCCAUC